AUGAGCCGGAUGGAAAUGAGAAAGACACUGGGACUGCGUGUUGUACUCGUGUGCGUGCUUUUCGGUUCCGUUAAUGCGCGGAGCUGCUCCGAGUCCCGGCGUGCGUAUGGAGAACGGGGUUACAGCGCGAGCGCUGCUCCCCUCAACGCCAUGUCCGGUGAACACCUGCGUUACUGUCCACGUGAUUACACAUGUUGUACAAGUGAGAUGGAAGAAAUGCUUGUACGGCAGAGCGAAGCUGACUUCCUGUCUUCUGUUGAGGAGACCAGUCAGUUCCUGCUGACAAGCUUCACCCACACACACCGCCGCUUUGAUGAAUUUUUCCGUGAGCUAAUUGGUGUAUCAGAGAAGUCGAUGAAUCAGAUGUUCAUCAAGACCUAUGGACGCCUGUACACACAGAACACACGGCUCUUUCAACAACUGUUCGCACAACUGAGACAAUACUAUACAGAUGGUGGUGCAUAUGUAUCAGAAGCUGUGUCAGAUUUCUGGACCGAGUUAGUGGAGCGCGUGUUCACUCUACUGAACCCUCACUAUCACUUCAGUGUGGAUUAUCUGGAGUGUGUAAGCAAACACACACAACAUCUUCAGCCACUUGGAGAACUGCAACGCAAACUCAGCACACAGUUGUCUCGUGCUUUAAUCGCUGCAAGGGCCUUAGUGCAGGGCCUCUUUACCGGCAAAGACAUUGUUAACAAAGCCAUUAAGUUUAGUGUAAGUGCGGAGUGUGGUAAGGCUUUGAUGCGUCAGUUGUACUGUCCUCUAUGUGGUGGGAGUCCCUCAAUCAGGUCCUGCCACCCACUGUGCCUCAACGUCAUGAAGGGCUGUCUGGCCAAUCAUGCAGAGCUUAACACGGAGUGGAAUCGCUUCAUUGACUCUCUCCUCUCCCUGGCGGAGAGACUCAAUGGACCGUUUAAUGUGGAACUGGCUGCUGAUUCUGUAGCUGUGAAAAUCUCUGAAGCCAUCAUGCACAUGCAGGAGAACAGCAUUAGUAUCUCCACCAAGGUGUUUCAGGGUUGUGGGAAUCCUCGUCCAGCCCCCAGUAGGAACAAACGCUCAUCUAAAGAACGAGAGAAAGAGCGUAAGAUUGACAGAGAGCGAGACAGCAGAAAGACUUUCAGAACCUUUAGUCCAGAAGAAAAGCCUACAACUGCUGCAGGAACCAAUAUGGACCGACUGGUGUUGGAUCUGCAACAGCGUCUGAGGCCAAUGAGAGAGUUCUGGGUAAUGCUGCCUCACUCUCUCUGUAACGAAGACAAAAUGGCUGCAGAUGUUACCAACGAGGAGCGCUGUUGGAAUGGAUACACACGUGGAAGGUAUCUUAUGAGUGUCACAGCAGAUGGCUUGGUAAAUCAGCUGAACAACCCAGAAGUGGAUGUUGAAAGUUCUCUGGACAUCAGAACCCGUCAGAUCCUCAUGGAGCUUCGGGUGGCAACACACCGCCUCACACUCGCACAUCAAGGCAUCGACACAGACACAUUGCACAGUGAUGAUGAGGAUGGUAGUGGAUCUGGAAUGAUUGGAGCCAAUGAGCUCUACAGGAAUGAUUGGCCCAUUUCUCCACAAAACCCUGCCCACCCUUAUAAACCCCGCCCUCGUGACAGGAGUAGAGUUAAUGGCUCGGUCAAAUCAGCCGUCCAGACAUUAUCUCCUCUUUCCUUUCUGUCACUCUGCCUCUCUCUGCUGCUCUCUCUCAUCCUCCAGUGGAGAAAAUAGGUUAAUGCAGUUUAUAUUAAAAUGAUUCAGAAAGCACAGACAAAACUGAGAGUCAGACAGAUGAAGAGACAGACUGAAAGAACAGAAAGGGAAAAAAAUGAGAAAGAAUCAAGGAUGAUGUAGCUGAUAAUGUCACACUAAUUUUGUAUGUUUUUUAUUGUGUAGGUUUGGUAUGUUAGUGAAGGCAAUGAUGAAUGUUUAAAGUGAAUAAAGUGCUUAAAAUUUUGGUGAACCUUAAAUCUCAAAAAGCAAUAUUCACCAAUCAAUCAAAAUUGUUGCUGUUGACCAUGGAUUCAAAGGUAAACAGUGAUCUUUUGCUCGUGUUUCAGCAGACUCGGUUCCAGAAGUUUCAGAAGGGAAACACAUACAUUUCCUUUUUUUCAACAGACGGGUGGUGAUUUAUUUGU